AUGGAGGACCCCGCGGCGCCCGGGGCCGGAAGCGCGUCCACCAAUGGCAACGGCAACGGCAGCGGCAAAGGGAAGCAGACGGCGCCCAAGGGCCGGGAAGCGUUCAGAAGCCAGCGGCGGGAGUCGGAGGGCUCUGUGGACUGCCCCACUCUGGAAUUUGAGUAUGGAGAUGCAGAUGGGCACGCAGCAGAGUUGUCAGAAUUGUAUAGCUACACUGAAAACCUGGAAUUCACCACUAACAGGAGGUGCUUUGAAGAAGAUUUCAAGACUCAAGUGCAGGGCAAGGAGUGGCUGGAAUUGGAGGAAGAUGCUCAGAAGGCCUAUGUGAUGGGACUCCUAGACCGACUGGAGGUGGUCAGUAGGGAACAGCGACUGAAGGUGGCCCGGGCUGUUCUCUACCUGGCCCAAGGCACUUUUGGGGAAUGUGAUUCAGAGGUCGAUGUGCUACACUGGUCCAGGUACAACUGCUUCCUGCUCUAUCAGAUGGGGACCUUCUCGGCCUUCCUGGAGCUACUCCACAUGGAAAUCGACAACAGCCAGGCCUGUAGCAGUGCUCUUCGGAAACCAGCCAUCUCCAUUGCUGAUAGCACAGAGCUCAGGGUGCUACUGAGUGUCAUGUACCUAUUGGUGGAAAAUAUCCGCCUGGAGCGAGAGACAGACUCCUGCCGGUGGAAGACAGCACGGGAGACCUUCCGCACUGAAUUGAGCUUCUCAAUGCAUAAUGAGGAGCCUUUUGCCCUUCUGCUUUUCUCCAUGGUUACCAAGUUCUGCAGUGGCCUGGCUCCCCACUUCCCCAUAAAGAAGGUCCUGCUUUUGCUCUGGAAGGUAGUCAUGUUUACUCUUGGUGGAUUUGAGCAUCUACAGGUUCUCAAAGUACAGAAGCGGGCAGAACUGGGGCUGCCUCCACUGGCUGAAGAUAGUAUCCAGGUGGUGAAGAGCAUGCGUGCUGCCUCCCCACCCUCUUACACCCUCGACCUGGGGGAGUCUCAACUGGCACCACCACCCUCUAAGCUGCGAGGCCGCCGUGGUUCUCGAAGGCAACUCCUUACUAAGCAGGAUAGCCUGGACAUCUACAAUGAAAGAGAUCUCUUUAAGACUGAGGAACCAACCACAGAGGAGGAAGAGGAGUCUGCUGGUGAUGGAGAACGAACCUUGGAUGGAGAGUUAGACCUGCUAGAGCAAGACCCCCUGGUGCCACCUCCACCUUCACAGGCACCUCUUUCUGCCGAACGGGUGGCCUUUCCCAAGGGCCUACCCUGGGCCCCAAAGGUCAGACAGAAGGACAUUGAGCACUUCUUGGAGAUGAGCAGGAACAAAUUCAUCGGAUUCACUCUGGGGCAGGACACAGACACCUUGGUUGGAUUACCCAGGCCCAUCCACGAGAGUGUGAAGACUUUAAAGCAGCACAAGUACAUCUCCAUUGCAGAUGUUCAGAUCAAGAAUGAGGAGGACUUGGAGAAGUGCCCCAUGUCUUUGGGGGAAGAGGUUGUACCAGAGACACCAUGUGAAAUCCUCUACCAAGGCAUGCUGUACAGUCUCCCCCAGUAUAUGAUUGCCCUGCUUAAGAUUCUGCUGGCUGCAGCCCCAACCUCCAAGGCUAAGACUGACUCUAUCAAUAUCCUAGCCGAUGUCCUGCCUGAGGAGAUGCCCAUCACUGUUCUCCAGAGCAUGAAGUUGGGCAUCGAUGUGAACAGGCACAAGGAGAUCAUUGUAAAGAGUAUCUCUGCUCUGCUCCUGCUACUCCUCAAACACUUCAAACUGAACCAUAUCUACCAGUUUGAAUACGUAUCACAACAUUUGGUGUUUGCCAACUGCAUUCCAUUGAUCCUGAAGUUCUUCAAUCAAAAUAUCUUGUCCUACAUCACUGCCAAAAACAGCAUCUCAGCCCUGGAUUACCCUUGCUGUACCAUCCAGGAUUUGCCGGAGCUUACUACAGAGAGUCUGGAAGCUGGAGACAACAACCAGUUCUGCUGGAGGAACCUCUUUUCCUGCAUCAACCUUCUGAGGCUGCUCAAUAAACUGACCAAAUGGAAGCAUUCCAGAACCAUGAUGCUGGUGGUAUUCAAAUCAGCUCCAAUCUUAAAGCGGGCCCUCAAGGUCAAACAGGCCAUGUUGCAACUUUAUGUUCUGAAGCUGCUAAAAAUACAGACCAAGUACCUGGGGCGCCAGUGGAGAAAAAGCAACAUGAAAACCAUGUCAGCCAUCUACCAGAAAGUGCGCCACCGCAUGAAUGAUGACUGGGCUUAUGGGAAUGACAUUGAUGCCAGGCCAUGGGACUUCCAAGCAGAAGAAUGCACUUUAAGGGCCAACAUUGAGGCUUUUAACAGCCGCCGAUAUGACAAACCCCAGGACUCUGAAUUUUCACCUGUGGAUAACUGCUUGCAGAGUGUGCUAGGGCAGAGGUUGGAUCUGCCUGAGGAUUUCCACUAUUCAUAUGAGCUCUGGCUGGAGAGGGAGGUGUUUUCACAGCCCAUCUGUUGGGAGGAGCUGCUCCAGAAUCACUGACUGAGCUCUUUCUUAAAAAGCAUCUGAUAAAUGGGUGUUGGCUCCAAUAAAUGGUGCUGUGCCUACCCUGC